CCGGCCGGACAGUAUAUUAUUAGUUUUGGUACCGCGGAACGACCGAAAAUCGUGGGGAUCGGACUACUCGUACUCGACCUGCCCACCGAACUCUGCCACCCCACCGAGCGGCGCGAGAGAGCCUACACACACACGGCUACUACCGCUACGACGGCGCUACGACUCUAUCAUAAUAGUAUACGCAUUGGCAUUACGAAACCGUUGUAUUCGCCGCCGGAUACCGAUAAAAGUGUGAUAUCGGCCGAAUAACGUGUUUUCGCCGCAGCGUUAUCAAGAGUUUCCGCCACCGAGUACCCGCGACGCUUUAUUGCUUUAAUAACAAAAACACAUGAUAUAUAUUUACAUAAUUUUUCAUCGUUAUUAAUAUUAUAGACUAGAACGGUCUUUUAGUAUUUUCGUUAUUCCUCCUCCCGCUGACUGCAUUAUGACUGACGUAUUUUUUGGCGGUAUCGAAGGGGGAGCAUCGGUUUCCACGGUUGUCUUAACCAAUGGCAACGGAGAUAUUUUAGCUGAACUCAAAGGAGAAGGCACGAACCCAUGGAUUCUUGGAAUUGAACCUUGCCUGUCUCGUGUUAAUGACUUGAUUAAAGAAGCUCUUAGGAAAGCUGAUCUUAAUAAUGAUAUAAAAUUAAAUGGAUUGGGUUUGAGUUUAAGUGGAUGUGAAGAUCAAACAUUCUGUAAAACAUUUGAAAAUAAAUUAUUAGAAUGUUAUCCAGACCUUACUGAUGAAGUAAUUGUUGUUAGUGAUACAUUGGCACCAAUUGCAUUAGCUUGUGAAUCGGGUGGAGCUGUUAUUAUUUCUGGUACUGGCUCAAAUAGUCUUCUAAUAAAUCCAGAUUCAUCAAUAAAAAGAUGUGGAGGAUAUGGUCAUCUACUUGGUGACGAGGGCAGCGCUUAUUGGAUAGCAUACAAAAGUAUUAAAUUAUGCUUAGAUCAUUUAGAAGAUUUUAAUUAUGUUCCAAAUGGUUACUCAAUUGACCGAGUAUGGGAAGCAAUUAAAGAACAUUUUAAUAUUGAUAAAGUUCUAGAUUUGUUGAAUGUGUUUUAUGGCGAAAAAAAAGAAAAAUCGGAAAUAGCUAAAUUGUGUAAAACAAUAUCAGAACUAGCUGAAGAUGGUGAUGAACUAAGUCUGUGGAUUUUUAGUGAAGCUGGAAAAGAGUUAGCAAAAUUUAUACAAUCACUCUACCCUGGUGCUGAUAAAAUGUUACAUAAAGAAAAUGGUGGUCUGCAUGUGGUGUGUGUUGGCUCUGUGUGGAAAAGUUGGGGAUUACUAAAAAAAGGAUUUAUGAAUCAACUUGAUCAUCAUCAUAAUUCUCAAGACACCAUAGUAGAUGAAUUUACCUUAUUGGUGCUUGAAAAGACUGUUGCUUUAGGUGGGGUAUAUCUCAUUGCCAAAAAAUUACAUUAUAACUUCCCAUAUGAUUAUGAGCAUAAUUAUAGAAUACUUUUCCAUUAUGUACAUGAGCGACAAGAUCAAUAAUACACUAUUGGAAAUUGAAUCAAAAACAAAUGUGGCCUUACCAAUUUAAAAUGUAAUUAAUGGUUAUAAUCAUUAUAUGUCAUUCGGUCUUAGAUUGGUGGCUUCUGCUCAUAUUUUAAACUUGUUAUUUGAGCACUAUAAAUGUUGUUACAAUAAUUAUAUUUAACUUAAUUUGUUAAUAGGUUUAGAUUAUUUAUUUGAAUGCCAAACUAGUUUUUAGUAACAAGUAACUUAGCCUUAAGAAAAAUAUACACUGUCAAUUAACAAUUCUUUAUAUUCUUAUUAUUGUAUUUCAAAAUAUAGUAUGAUAAGUUAAUUAUAAAAUUUUAACAAACAACACACGUUUGGGGCCAAAUAGUUUAAUAAAUUGUUAAUUUUAUUUUA